AUGGAGUGUUCCUCGUUCUAUUCAAGUAGCUCUGUACCUAGCUCAACUUCCUCGGUAUAUUCAAAAAGAGAUUAUGAACUAAAUUCAACUAUCACUACUCAUCAAAAUACAAAUAAACCAGUAACAUGUUUGGAUCCUUAUUUACCAGAAAAGUUUGAAUUUGAAGAAGUACAUGAUGUUAUUCAUUUUCUAUCAUCUGAAUUGAAGAGUCGAGAAUUUGACAGAACAUUAUUACUGGAACCUUUAAAUUCAGACAACACAGACAACCUAAAUGAUUUUUUAACAGGCAUUUUUAAACUUAAUUUAUCACUUGAAGGUGGUGAAUUAAGGUGGAGCUCAUUAGUUAAGGCAAACUCUUUUACUCUUUUCCAAGCUUUAAAAUAUAUUUGGUGUCGUUUGCCAAAUGGUGGUGUAAUUGGAUGGGACUCUUAUAAAUUAUUUAAAGUUAAAGAAAAGAAAAAGAAUUAUCCAACAAGGGCAUUUCUUGAAAUUGUUCCAGAAUCCUUAACUUCCUAUGCCCAUAAUUCAGUGGUUUAUGAUUUUUUUGAAUUAAUAUUAACUUUUACUUCAAAGACAGGAUUGCACACGACUCAAAUUGCUUAUAUAUUUUCAUUAUGGGCAUUUGAGUAUCCAAGUCAGUACAAAGAUGGAUUUCAAAAACAGAUACUAACAAAUUCAAUAAGCUCAGGGUUUGAGUCCUGGAUUCCAGGUGCUGAUGCAACUCUACAUAUGUUACUUUCAUUUUUAAAGAUAUAUGUGUCGCAAAAUCUUCAGAAGUCCAAGAUAUCAGGAACAGAAAUUCAAUUUCUUUUAAAUAGCGAAUACCCGCCACUUGAAAUAAAGGAAACCAUUAAGAAGUCACAUCGAACUAUUCCAUUAGUGACAUUAAAGGCCCUCAACUGUAAGACUGCAAUUUCAUUAUUAAGAAGAUGUGCGAAAUUAUUAGAUUUCUCUAAUAAUGACAAUUUUGAAGCAUAUGAGGACUAUGUGAUACUGAAAAGCAUAUUCAAGUCUUCGUCUAACAAACAUUUUGAUAUAAGAAAGAUGUUGACACACGAAUCUUUGCUAACGUACAAUUUCUUAACUGAUAACCCAAAUAAUUUUCUAUCAGGUUGGGUCAGCCAAGACCAGAAGGAUAAUAUUGAAUUUGUUAAAGAUGAAGUAAUAGUGGAAAGAAUCGAUAUUGCUGAUUACUUUCCGUUGGUGUGGGAAUCAUCACUAUCAUAUGAACAAACCAUAGAAAAGCGUAGCUUGUUUGGGAAGAUUUUAUUACUUGAAUUCAAAUUUGACCAAUUCACGAAAUGGGUGGCAUUUCAAGCGGUAGAUAAUAUUGAGAGACUCUCUAACGAUAGAAGAUUAUCAAUUCCUGACACUUCUAUAUUGAAACCAAUCGAAGAAUUAGAUGAAAGAACAUCAGUCUACAAUAAUAACAAUUUAAGAUAUAAUGUCCAUGAUGCAACAGAAUUUAAAGAAAUGAGUGGUUCACCCACUUCAGUUGUGACAAACUUGAUACACACAUUACAUUUACCCACGCAUGCUUCAAAACAGUCACCACAUUAUAAGGAAAAACCAAAGAAAUGGAAUAUAUUUUCCAAUUUUUUAAAGAAUAGCAAGAGUGUUUCCAGACCAGCUUCUCCCCAAGUUAUUCAACGGGCUGAUAGUAAUGCCAGUAAUAUUUCUUUCCCAACAAAAUUACGUAACACUAUAUCAGAACCACAUAUCGAGUUAUACAUGCCAGAAUUGAAUUCCAAGAAUGCGGCUCAUGUUGAAGGUGUCCCAGAUGAGAUGGAUACCUCAGAAAGACAAUCAAAAGUCAUCGAUGAAGUAACAUUACUGCCACCAUUGAUAAUAGAAAACCCUUCAAACAAACCAGAUAAGUCGAACAGAAGAUUAAAUACCCUUGGAGGCUCAAGAAAAUCAAUGAAGGAGAAUGAAAAUUAUACAAAACCAAAUACAGAUGAUGCUGAAAUAUUCAAAUUUGACAAACUAGUAGAACACACUCCCAAAAUUCAUAUUAAUGAUAUUAGAGGAAAACAAGGUAAACUUCAAGUUAAAACUAUAGAAGAAACUAUUCAAACCCCUAUAAUUUCACCAAUACCAGAAAGAAAUCCUAAUAGAAGCACACCCUUAUCAGUAGUGGCAGAUUAUAGUCCUAAAAAGAUACCUGUGUCACUAGAUCGUUAUAGUCAAAAUACAAUAAAAACUCCGUCACCAUUAAGAAGAUCAACUGAAAUUGUAAGUAAAAGUUCACAGGAAUCAUUAAAUAUACCAGUAACACCAAACUAUUAUUUGAAUUCUCCAAAAUCUAUUAGUGGUACUAAUAAGAAGUAUCAUCACAGGUCUAUCAAUGUCCAAACAAUACCACCUAUCGAAUUUCCAGAUUACAACUAUCAUACGCCUUCUAUAAAGUACGAAAUUCAGAAGAAAAGGUUGUCAAGAAGAAGUUAUUUGAAGCCACCAUCAAUCCAUAGCUUGAACAGUUCUUCAGUUUUAGAAAGACAGAGGAUACCAUUAGAGGGAGAGACAAUGCCAGUGACAGGUAGAGAAGAGAAAAUGAUUUAUAGUGGACGCGAUAUACCAAGAAAGAAAUCACAACAACAUAGAAAAUUGUAUCGAGAAAUAAUGAAUGGAAAAUUUGGAACUUAG